AUGAUGUCUUUCGAGGUCCUUUUUGUUAAUAUACUUCUUUUUGCCGUUCGAUUUCUGGAGACAUUCGCGCUAUCAACUAUAUUUCCAGAAAAUGUCUUUACGGUUGGACGAUUAGCGUACAGGCGACUACUGCUAGACCCCCAAUCUGCAUCCCUUUAUGUGGGUGCGAAUGGUCAUUUAUUUCGGUUGUGGGCGUACAAUAUCAAUGCAACUGCGUCUACCGAUGGCCUGUAUGCUCACACAGAGCUUCCGGUUUCCCGAUCCGAUGCAGAAGAGUGUCAUCGCGCUGGCCACGCGGAAUGUAUCAAUGGAGUACGACUUAUGUUCUUGAAAGAAGGUCAUCAGACGUUAUUGGUUUGCUCUUCGAAUGCUAUGAAGCCGCAACUACGAGAAUUGGAUGCGCUGUCGCUACAGGAACUUUCUUCUCCCGAAAAUGUUAUCGGUGUCUGUUCAGCUCACGUGGAUCUCAAUACAACAGCGGUACUUGUCGAAUGGGGCAAUCCGGAUGAUAUACCUGCCAUUUAUUCUGGUAUCAGGACAGGUCUUACUCUCGACAAUAACCUUAUUUAUCGGCCUCCGCUAGUCAAAAACAACAAAGAAGUGUAUUCCUCAAUGCGAACCAUUUAUACAGAUUCGAAAUGGUUGUAUGAACCGGACUUUGUGGCAUCAUUUAAUAUUGACAAGUAUGUCUACUUCUUUUUCCGUGAACUGGCGAUUGAGCGUGAGAAAUGUGAGCGUAUCGUGUUCUCUAGAGUUGCUCGUAUUUGUAAAGAAGACAUUGGUGGGAAAAACGUUUUGCGACAAGUUUGGACUACUUUUGUCAAGGCUCGUCUGAACUGCUCAGCUUCUUCAAAAUUUCCCGUUUAUUUCAAUGAAUUGCAAUCAUUGCAAAUGAUGGAUGAUAGAUCUGACAGCUUAUUCUACGCUACUUUUACAACACCUGAAAUCUCCUCUGGCGGUAGUGCUGUUUGCGUAUUUUCGUUAAACAGUAUCAAUCAGUUGUUUGAAUAUGGAAAUUUUUUGGAGCAAACUUCAUCUGAUAGUGGAUGGAUCACUACACCAUCCAAAAAUGUACCUGAGUAUCGUCCUGGAACGUGCACAAAUAAUUCACCUUCCAUUCCGGACAGUAGUUUACAUUUUGCGCGAUCUCAUUUACUAAUGAAAGAUGCUGUAUCAGCUGAUUUUCCUCUGCUAAUAUUGCAUGGUGAACUGCUGACGCAUAUUGCUGUGGACGCAAUGGAAAAUGUCAACGUUAUUUUCGUUUAUUCUCACAGUUCCCAAAGACUUCAUAAAAUAGCACAUUGGUUUGGAGAAGCAGAUAAACAUUCAAAAUUGUUAGCUACAUAUGCGUUGAAAAAUACUGGAGCUAUUUUCGCUAUGACACUGCUGCCCGGCGAAUUUGUCUAUUUAUCGGGUGAAGAUAACGUCGCCCAGUACUUCCUGGCUCAAUGUUCGCUUUACAUUACGUGUGCGCAAUGUGCUGUUGAUCCCUACUGUUCAUGGAAUACUGCUCGUGGAUUAUGUUAUAAACGUGAACAAGCUCACCUGUCGGCUGAUGGAUGGAUCAGUUCUAAUUCAAAAGAUGUUGACAAAUGUCUAGGGCAUAUAAAACGGAUGACGACUAAUGUAUAUACUGGUGAUACAUUGCAUCUCACAUGUGUGGCGGAGUCAAUGUGGACUUUCAAUAGUGAAUCAGUUUCACCAUCUGCAAAAAGACAAUUAACAACCGAAGGAGGACUUGUUGUUUUUAAUGUUUCUGGGACAGACAGCGGUACUUAUGAAUGCAGUAUAGAUAAAAAAGCCAUUAUGAUAUACGAAAUUACGGUCGAUGAUGCCGAAUGCGCACAGCCGACUAGUAUAGCUCAGUUCAAAUCAAAGUAUCGAGAAUGGUGUCAGAAAUUUGCCAAGUAUAAGCAUUCUGCUGAAAAAUGGCAGCUUUGGCAGCGAACUGUCCCAGGCAAAGGUUCACCGAUUUUAAUCACAUUAUUAUUGAAUAAUCUUAACUGGAUAGAGCAGUGUACUUCUAAAGGUCAGUUUUUGUAUGCUUAUAUCUUUAUCAUCCCACUGAUAUUUGUGAUCUCCAGAGGGACAUCAUGA